UCAGUUGACCGCGAUCUUUCGCGAGAGAGGACGUUCUAUGGGAAUAGUUUAGUUCGGGUUGUGAAAAUUUACGGAAAACUUUUCGCUCACUCAAAGUAUUAAAUGAGAGUUGUAGGUGUGAACUAAGCUUUAAAUUGUGUAUUCUAGUUGCAAGUGGGCCGUGUGUUGAUCGAUUUUAACUGAUAUAAGAAGCCAAAUGCGGCGAGCUGCGUGACCCAGGCAUCACCACGAUGCACAAAUGUCUGCUCACGGUCGCGCUACUUUGUAUCGCCGUCAAAGAUAUAUCAGGUAGCUGGGAAGAAUGGUGGACAUACGAUGGAAUAUCAGGUCCAGGAUUUUGGGGCCUCAUCAACCCCCAAUGGAGCAUGUGCAACAAGGGAAGACGGCAGAGUCCUGUCAACAUCGAACCUGAAAAGCUACUUUUUGACCCCUGGCUUCGGGACAUACAGUUUGACAAACAUAAGGUCAGCGGCGUGCUCCAAAACACGGGUCAAUCAUUAGUGUUCCGGGUAGAAAAGGACAGCAAACACCAGGUCAACAUCAGCGGUGGGCCACUGUCUUACCGGUACCAGUUCGAAGAGAUCUAUUUCCACUAUGGACUUGAUGAUAACAAGGGGUCGGAACACCAGAUCGAUCACCACACAUUUCCUGGAGAAAUCCAGCUAUACGGGUUCAACAAGGAGCUGUAUCACAACAUGUCGGAGGCCCAACACAAGUCGCAAGGAGUCGUAGGCAUCUCACUGAUGGUUCAGAUUGGCGAGCCUAUAAAUAAAGACCUGAGGCUUAUAACAAGUGCUUUUAAUAAAGUCACAUUUAGAGGUAGCUCCUACCCCAUCAAACACCUACCGCUUAGCUCGCUGCUACCCAACACGCAACAAUACCUCACGUAUGAAGGCUCCACCACGCAUCCUGGCUGCUGGGAGACGGCAGUCUGGAUCAUCUUCAACAAACCCAUCUAUAUUUCUAAACAAGAAAUGUACGCCAUCCGUCGUCUCAUGCAGGGAUCGCAAUUGACCCCUAAGGCACCUCUCGGGAACAACGCCAGGCCAGUUCAGCCACUACACCAUCGAACUGUUCGGACUAACAUCAACUUCAACAAGCAAGGAAUGCCGGUCUCAAGCAACUGCCCCGACAUGUACCGAAACAUGCACUACACAGCUACGCAGUGGCCAAGAGAGCACAGCAUGCGGUACAGAAGCGCUGAAGAUUUGGCAAUGCUAUCGCUCAACUGAAAUAUUUAGCUUCAUAUUAAAUAUAUAUUAUUAUUCUCGUUUAGAUACCUAAUAUUAGUUAUUAUUGUUAUAGUAAGUCAAACCUUAAUAAAUCAAACUGAAAUUAUGUGUACGAUUGUAUUGGACUAAAUACAAUGAGGCUAAGUUCAGUUAGCGAUCUUUGUCUGUAUACAGUACCCGAUAUUUUUUCGAAUUGACAGAGUAAAUUCACAUGUUGUCAAAAUAUCGUGUACUUAAUUUUAUUAUCACUUAGGAUAACAUAAAUUAUCGAAUAUUGAAUUAUUCAAUAUGCGAGACUAUAUAUUAUAUUUAUAAAAAAAUAUCGUUUGCUGAACUUAACUAACGUAACCUAAAAUUAGUUUGGGAAUACUCAUCAACAGAUUUUGUAUUCCUCAGAUGUAUUCUAGUUAAAAUACAAAGUUUGCUUGCCGGUGUUAUCUGAUUAAUUGUAUUGUUAAAUGAGUUAUCCGAUCCCAAAUGUAAACAAAUAAGGUAGUUGCGUCACUAACUCCAUGUAAAAUAAUUGAAAUUUUGGAUGCAUGUUUACAAAAAUACUCAAAAAAUUUGCUUUUUAGGUAAACGUCAAUUGUAUAGACAAUAUUAUCUUCCCUGAUAUUAAUUAUUGCGUUUAAACAAUUUAGAGAUAUUAUGUAAGAUUUAGGAGAUAUAUUAUUAUAAAAAAAUACUGAUUGGCAGUUACGAAUAUAGAAUUUAUAUUAAUAUAACGGAAGCUUCGAGAAUAAACUAAUAAAAUCUUCGCUAAAAUUAACAUAAAUUAGAUUGUGUAACGUGUGUAAAUUGUAACGUUGAUAAAAAGUGUAAAUAAAUGUAAAAUAUAGAUAAAAUAGUUGAAAGUUAUCGUCAUUCGUCCACACCCUCGAGUGUAUUUAUCGCAAAUAGAUUAAAAUUAAGCCUUAUAAAUAAAUAAAAAGUGAAGCUUCUAUUAAUUUUUUAUAAUACCAAUUUUUCAGAAAAAAAAUUUUGGCGCGAUAAUCUUGUAUAAUGCGUAGAAGUAUAAUAUUGUAUUAUGGAAAAGUGUAAAAGUAAAUGAUAUAGGACGUAGUUUUCCUAUGUUUGUAUUCUGUCAAUUGUCCAAACAAUUAUUAAAAUAAUAAAAAUAGGCAAGAAAUUGUAUACAAACAAGCUUAUGAAAUAGAUUGGUAUGUAAACUUAGAUUACAUUGUUAUUAAUAGAUAUUAAUGUAAUUAUUGUAACUUACAUAAAUAUACUGUUUAUAUCAAAACUCCGGUUAAUUAAUAAUAAUUAAACGAUUUUUAAAUUUUGUUUUAAAAACGGUUGAAGUCUUAGGAUACAUGCUUUAAUAUCUGAUGCCAGAGUUUAACGUAAUGUAAUGAAUUGUAGUAAAAUUAACUGUAAUGUACCUAUGGAAUUUCACGUUGUAGAAUUUAGAAGCUGUUUUGUCGACGUAUAAACGGUUAUUAUAAUAAAAUAUGUAACAAAA